AUGGCGACCACAAGUGUCGUGGCACAAAUCAACUACGGUUGCAUUAAGACGCAGCCUGAAUAUACGGCGAUUGUGCCCAAAUGCGCACAGUACUGCCACGUUCAGGCCCUUACAAACGACGGCUGCGACAGGGAUGACCACAUCUGCCACUGCAAGAACACCAACAAGGUGGCCGGAAUGAUCGAGCCGUGUCUUUUCGGGCCGAACCCCGGCCCUGCCGGCCGCUGCUCGACGGAUUCGAUCAAGGAAUUUGCUACCAUAGCCAAGGGCUACUGCGGUUUCUGGAACCAGACGGCCAACGAUGCCCUUCAGAGCCAAUGUUGCAGGCCUAUUGAGGAAUUCAAAGGAUAUUGGUAA